CCCAAAAGGUUCAUAAUGUCUAUUUGAACAAAAUAAAUAUUUUUGCAUGUUUUUUCUCCAGGUGACAAAUAUGCAUUUAUUUUGAAAUCCCCAUCUCCUAACAUCCGGUGUUGUUCCACCUCACAGUGUGUAAUUUGGUGCAGCUGGACCUGCAGCCAGCAGCUCAGAGUCUCUCUCUCUCUCAGUCUCUGGGUGUCUCUGGGUGUCUCCCAGCACUUCUCGCCCAGGUGAGACAUUUCUGGAGAGCCUAAUUGAACCAAGCCGACAAGAUGACAGACUCCACACCGACAGACUCCACCACAGUCCCGGAGCCGGUGGUAGUAGACCCCACGGUGGUGCAGAACCAGUGUGAGCAGCAGCAGAACCAGGAGAACCAGGAGAACCAGCAGCAGCAGAGUCAGGCAGAGGGCUUCAAGAUGGACCAGGAGAUGAAGAUAACAGACAGCAUCGAUGAUGGAGGUCUUCUGGAAAGCAGCAUGCGUCUGAAGCCUCAUGAAGCGCAGAGUUACCGCAAGAAAGCUCUGUGGGUGUCCUGGGUGUCCAUAGUGAUCACCAUCAUACUGGCCAUCGCUGCUUUCACUGUUUCCAUCAUGCGCCACAGUGCUUCAGCUUUCGGAUUCGCUUUUGACGCCGCGCUGGAUGUGUUGUCCUCCGUCAUUGUUCUGUGGCGGUACAGCAACGCCGCGGCCGUCCACUCGGCACACCGCGAAUACAUAGCCUGCGUUAUCCUGGGCGUGAUCUUCAUCCUGUCCUCUUUGUGCAUUAUGGGUAAGGCCAUCCACGACCUGGCCACCAGGCUGCUACCUGAAGUGGAUGACUUCCUAUUCAGCGUGUCCAUCGUCAGCGGCAUUGUGUGCAUCUCCCUGGCUGUAGUAAAGUUUAUGCUCGGGAGAGUGCUCACGAGCCGGGCGCUCAUCACCGAUGGAUUCAACUCCCUGGUGGGGGGGAUCAUGGGAUUCUCCAUCCUCGUCAGUGCUGAAGUGUUCAAGCAUGAACCCCAGGUGUGGUACCUGGAUGGGUCAAUAGGCAUCCUCAUAGGCCUCAUCAUCCUCGCCUACGGAGUCAAGCUGCUAGUCGACAUGGUCCCACGGAUUCGACAAACCAGGAACUACGAGCGUUUUGAGUGACAGAGGAAAAGAAAGAGGAGGGUUUUGGGGGGGGGUAUUAGGGGACGGACUGACUGACUGACAGAAAGGUUACAGUCCCGACACUCUCUCCACAGACAAUUACAUUCAGUCCUCGAGGUGCCAGCGAAGGCUUCAGUCUUUGAACUGAGGAUCCAGGCCGAUGACGGCGGAGGAUGACGUUCUUGGCGCCUUUUAAGUGUUUUCCAAUGUGGUGUACAUAUAAUAUAUUUAUCUGUCUUUUAAACAGUGAUGCCUCCGUAUUUAAACAAGAGGGUUAAAAAGAUAACUGUGAAAGGGAGACAUGUGGACUCAGAGAGUCCAUAACUCCUCAGAAGCAACUUGUACCGCAAGUUUGAUGUACAGUACCUCGGUUACACCUCAUCUCCCUGUCAAAACACAGCAGUUUAUUUCUCCCAGAGGCCUUUGCUCAGCUGUGCUGUAUAAAACGUCGCAGCGUGGCAGGUGAUUGAUGUAGCGGAUGUAGCGGUGGAGGAUUAAUGGUGUUUUUAUGACUAGAGAGGAUAUAUCAACACACGGUUUGGCAUAGAGAGCAGGUAUAUAAGCACACAGAGAGGCUCGGUAACACGUGAGUUUACAGUAUUUAUCUAGACUGUUGUGGCGUGGAGUGGCCGCUGUUUCAGCACUCUAAUGCCAGCGCAAUGGAGGAUAAAAAUCAUCUUUUUUGGCAUCCAGUAACACAAGUAAUUCACUGGAAGUGUAACAGAAGGGAAACAGCAGAAACUAGCUCAGGUUGCCACCUUUUUUUUGUUUUUAAAGUUGAAGUGACAAACCCAAGAAUAUCGUCUGUACAUGCACAACUUGCGCCAUCUAGUGACCAGAAGAGCAACCUGCCACCACACAUGUAUAUGAUCUAAUAGAGCUGAUUCCUGCACACUGUCAGUUCAUUAGAGAGACAAUGUUUAGGUCAGUCUUCAGUUGAUCUGGUUCAUCUGGGACCAGAACAAUCUGGUGCUCACUCUAAAGCUCGUCUCUACUUCUGGCAGCCUUCAACGCCUCCACAGCACGUAUCUUACCUUCCUCCAGUGUGGCUGCCAGUUGGACUUAUAUUCAUUUUUAAUGGUGUUUACCCUGAAAGUUCAAUGUGAAUCUGUGUAAAAGCACAAAAGUGAGAGUUUAGUGAAGCACAGUGGCGACUAAACAUCUCCCAGGCACUGAGCAGGAGGCUGUUAUUUACUAGAGUAUGUCAUCAAUGCUUCUUCUUAAUUCCAAAGCCUUAGUCUUACUGCUUGUUUAUUGACGGUGGGACAUGAAUGUAAUUAUCAGGUGGAGUUUCAGCCGAUUGUCAUAGAUUACAGGUUCAUUUUUCAUCUGUUUUCCUCGAGUCUGUUGGCUGCAGUGGCUGUAACUGAAUGUACACACUGUGCUGUGAGACUACUUUGUACAGCGCACUAAUGUGCUACUGUGUUUAGUCACAUUUAAGGACAUUUAUUUCAAUACAAAACUAGUAUUUUUUAGGUUAUGGAGUUAUAUUUGUGCAUAAAAUGUGCGCGAGGCCCGAAUAUAACUCCAUAUCCGCUGAGUAUUGUAUGACUUGUGGGGACCGUGUCGACUGUACUCUGUAAAUACUGGAUACUGUGUUGCUACUGUGAUGUAAAACAAAUAUUAAACCAGAGUCUGAGCCUUUUGUCACAGAAAAAAAAGGUUUAUUUAAAAAUAAAGUUAUAUCCCUCUUACUCGUCAAGGACUGUGAAAACAAAAACAAAAAAA